AUGCUCCCCCCAAACCUUACAACCCCCCGCCAAGUCACCCUCUACUACGACUCCCUCUACGAUCACCUCACAUCUCCCUCGGGCGGCUACCACCCCUUCUUAUACCCUUGGGCCGGCCUAGGCGCCUUCCUGGUCCUCGCCUACCUCCUCAUCGACCACCGCCAAUCCCGCUUCCUAACACGGCUCCGCUACCCCAUCGCAGCCUUUCUCGUCGUCUUUCAAGCAUGGUGUGUUCUGACGAACAAGGCACGCCAUCCGGCGGCGGCUUUUGGGGUCGGGUUGUUGAGUGCGUGGGGCGUGGGGUGGGUCAGUACGUUGGUGGUUGUUAAUGAUUGUCAGAGGGAGUUUUGGCGGGUGGAGAGGCGGGAGGUGGGCGGUGGAAGGGUGCGGGCUGAUGGGGAUGUGAACGGGAUGGCGACGGGGAAGGACGGGACUGAGGUGAAUGGUUCGAUUUCUGCGGACGCUGGGGAUGAAGGCGGCGAGUCGACGACUACGACUACGACGACUCACGAGCUCUACUGCCAACACUACCCCUCGGCACCCUUCACCGCGCGCCUCGACUGGGUCGCCGACCUCUUCUGCUCCUUCCGCGGCGUCGGCUGGUCCUUCCAAUCCUCCACCGUCCCACCCCUGCCCUCGCCUCCCUCCCUCUCCAUCCCGCACUCGAUCUCACACACGCCCCACCCAUCGACCCUCACGACCUCCCGCACCGGCAUCCGUCGCCUCCGCAACCGCUCUGACCUCCUGCGCCCCACGAUCCGCAACCUCAUCAUCGGCUACCUCGCCCUCGACGCCAUAAAAGUAGUAAUGCACCACGACCCCUACUUCUGGGGCUACACCACCGCUCCCGCACCCACCUACCUUCCCCUCUCCAUCCAGCACUCCGCGACCCUCACCCGCUCCUACCGCCUCCUCAUCAGCCUGGCGGGGAUCUACACCGCCCUCUGGGAAAUCUUCCGCUUGGGACCCGCGUUCUUCUGUCUCUUGCUCGGGCCCAAAUACCUUGGGAUUAGAGGAGAGGCGUGGAUGAACCCGGCGGAUAUGUACGGCGCCUUCUCCAACGUCCUGAACGAUGGGUUGGCGGGCUGGUGGGGCGGGUGGUGGCAUCAGGUGUUCCGGGUGGCGUUUGAGCAGCAUUCGAAGUUCGUGCUGCGGCACUUGAACAUAGAAGCGAAGAGUCAGAAGGGACGGUUAGUAGGCCUGUGCGUGGCGUUCUUCAUGAGCGGGUGUUUGCACGCUUGUGGGAGUUAUACGCAGUUGGGCGAGACGAGGCCGCUGAUGGGGCCGAUGCGGUUUUUCUUGCUGCAGGGGGUGGGGAUUGUGUUGCAGACGGCGAUGGUUGGGCAGUUAAAGAAGGCUGGCGUGGUGGAGAGGGUGCCGAGGGUUGCGAGGCAGGUGGCGAAUUUCGUGUUUGUGCAUGUGUGGCUGUAUUAUACCGCGCCUCUGCUGGUGGAUGAUUUCGCAAAGGGUGGGGUGUGGUUGUUUGAGCCGGUGGCGCUUUCGCCGUUGCGGGCGAUGGGGUUGGGGGCGAAGGACGAUCGGUUCUUCUGCUGGUGGGAUGGAAUAAUAUGGUGGCGGUCUGGGAGGACGUGGUGGGAAAGUGGCAUUGCCAUAUAG